AUGGUUCACUGGGAUGAUUUCAGUGAACGGUUGUUAGGGAAAGGCCUAGCUCGGGACGCAGACGAGGCGAAUGAGCCGGGUGUGGCGUUCAAUAAGGCCGACGAAACGUUUGAUCGGUAUGCGAAUAAUCCUGCGCAUGUGCCUCAUCCGAAUGCGUAUCAGCCGCCACGGAGGCCGUUGACGAGGUUGGGGAGGUGGUAUGCGUGGGUGUUGCAUUUUAGUAUUGUGACGCGUUAUGCGAUUUAUAUAUUGCCACUCGCCAUAUUAUUGUUGGUUCCGACAUUGGCCGGUGGUGUUGCGCAGACCGGAGCGACGAUUGGCGGUGUGCGACUUUUGUGGUGGGGUGUAUGGUGGGAAAUCAUCUGGCUCUCGCUAUGGGGCUCGAAAAUCGUGGCUAAAUGCUUGCCGACGGUAUUGGGUGAGGUUGUUGGUCUGUGGACAAAUUCCGCAGCGAGGUAUAUCGAGGCUGUACGAGCGAUCGAGUUGGCUUUGACCAUGUUUUGUUGGAGUCUGAGUUGUUACGUGAGUUUCUUGCCCAUCAUGACGCAGAAUCCACGAGCGAGACGGGAAGGGCGGGGAACACAGCAUUACCAGUCCAUCAUCAACAACAUCCUCCUCGCGAUCUUUAUUGGUAUGAUCCUCAAUUUGAUCGAGAAGAUAUUUAUUCAGCUCCUUGCGAUUUCGUUUCAUCAACGGACUUAUCAGGAUCGUAUCGUGCUGAACAAGUUCGAGGUGAAUAUCUUGACGAAGUUGUGGGUCAGGUCUCGCACCGUCUUGCCCUCGUUCGAGGAGGACGAGGAUUAUUUCCCGACUGGGGCCAUGACGCCGAAUCGUCAGUUCUUCUAUAACGUGGGACGGCAGGCGAGGAGGGGGUUGAGGGAGGUUACGGACGUUGCGUUAAACCCGUUGUCGGAGAUUACGGGUGGGAAAAUUGCACGGUUGACUUCGCCUCAAGCGAUGGUUCAGCAAGCGCUCAUCACGACGGCCGGAUCCCAAGGCUUAGCGAGGCGUUUCUUCAACUCGUUCAAGCAGCCAGAAAACGACGCUCUCCACUUCGAGGACUUUGCGGAUGUCUUUGAGGAUGCGGAAGAAGCCGAACGUGCGUUUGCGAUGUUUGAUAAGGACAUGAAUGGAGACUUAACGAGGGAGGAGAUGGAGCAGGUUUGUGUUGAGAUUGGAAGGGAGAGGAAGAGUAUCACGAGCAGUUUGAAGGAUGUGGAUUCGGCUGUGAGUAAGCUGGAUAAUGUGCUUACGUUUGUGGUGGCGAUUAUCACGCUCCUGGUCUUUUUGGGAUUGUUGAAUGCGCAAUUCCGGAGUACCAUUUCGAGUGCGAGUACCACCCUUCUCGCGCUGUCCUGGCUAUUCUCCGUAACAGCCCAAGAAGUCCUUGGAUCCAUCGUCUUUUUGUUCGUCAAACACCCCUUCGACGUCGGCGACCGCGUCGAUAUCGACGGUGAUCAGUUCAUCGUGAAAGAAAUGCAACUCAUGGCAACCGUGUUCAAACGCCUCGAUGGACGCACCAUCCAAGCGCCCAACAACCUGCUCAACACGAAGUAUAUCCACAAUAUCAAACGCUCGGGAGAAAUGUCCGAGACAGUCAAGUUACAAGUCAAGUUUGGUACGACGUUGGAGGAGAUCGAGGCGUUGAGGUUGCGGAUGUUGGACUUUGUGCGGGCAGAGAAGAGGGAUUAUGCGCCUACGAUCGUGAUUGAGGUUCAGGAUAUGCCGGCAUUGGGGAAUUUGACACUCACGAUCAAUAUCAAUCAUAAAUCGAAUUGGCAGAAUGAUGCGUUGAGAGCGCAGAGGAGGAAUAAGUUCAUGUGUGCGUUGAGGAAUAAUAUCCUGGAUUUGGGGAUUGCUGGGGGGGAUCCGGGGGCGGGUGAUAAGUUGAAUCCGUUUUAUAUUGUGAAUAUGCAUGGGCCGCAGAUGUUAGAGGAGAAGAAGGAGGAUAAGGGGAAGGAGGUUGAGUUGCCGCCUACGCCGAAGGAUAGUUCGAGCUUGCCGCCACCGGUGCCGGAUAUCAGGAUUAGUCCUGGUACGCCGACUGGAAGUCCCACGCGUCAUCCGUCGAGUCCUGUGCAGAGUCCGACUUCGGAGCGUGCGUUGGCACCGAUUGGGUCUGUUGAGAGGGAGUUACAGGAUCUCCAUAACUCGGAGUUUACGGAGGCUUUCCCCACCAGUCCGCGUGGUGCGCCAUUGCCUGCGAGAGCGAGCGAUAUCGAGAGUAUCCAUAGUCAUGAAAGUAAUCGUGGAAAGCGGAUGGAUUACACGUUUGGCGCGUCGGAUGCUGUCGCGGCGAAUGAGCUUGCGGAUGUGUAUGAGGAUAAUGCCAGUUUGGUGUUUGAUUCGCAACCUAUCGAUCGUGCACAGGAACGUCUUGGCCUCCGCAGCCAUGAUUCGGCGAGUGUGAGUAGUCUGAGUCUGAGACCGACUGAUUCGCAUGGGAGUUCGACACAUUCGAGGUUAGGGAGACGAUGGAGUCGUGCGAGGGGGAGGAAGGGAAGUGAGACGAGUCAGACGCCGAGUAUGAGGGGACGGCCGGAGUCUGAUGCGGCGGCGACGGCGGGGAUGCAUGAGUUGGCGGAGAUUCGGGUGCAUAGUCCGGGUGAGGAGGGAAGUCGUGGGAGGAGUAGGAGUAUUGGGAAUGAGCAUGGGCCGCAUGGACUUGGGAGGCUGAGGGCUGGGACAGGGUUGACACUUGAUCCGUUAGAUGAGGAUCCGAAUGAGAAGGAUGACGAUGGGGAUGGAGAUAUCGGGAAAGCGGCGGUUGAAUUGAGGAGGAUGUGAGGAUACGAUACAUGAGACGAUUUUUGACACUUGUGGACAUGGC